AAGGGAGCGACAGCAUCCGUGACAUCUGAUGUAAACUGAACUGAACCGAGCUGGGAAGCCACCCAUGCCAUGACGUCACGGAGCUCUGACAAGCUGGUGGUGCCGGAAGAAAAGAUGGCGGAUCAUGAGGAGCAGCUAUCCGACGAGGAAAAGGUACGCAUAGCAGCUAACUUCGUCAUCCAUGCCCCACCAGGAGAGUUCAAUGAGGUUUUCAAUGAUGUGCGAUUGCUGCUCAACAAUGACAAUCUUCUCAGGGAAGGUGCAGCUCAUGCAUUUGCACAGUACAACUUGGACCAGUUUACCCCGGUGAAAAUCGAGGGCUACGAAGAACAGGUCUUAAUCACAGAGCAUGGUGACCUUGGAAACGGCCGGGUUCUGGACCCCAAGAACAAGAUCUCCUUCAAGUUCGACCACCUGAGGAAGGAGGCCAGUGACCCACGGCCCCAUGACACCGACAGCUCCCUGGAGGGCUGGAGGAGCUCUGUGGACUCAGCCGUCCGGGCCUAUGUGAAGGAGCACUAUCCCAGUGGAGUCUGCACCAUUUAUGGGAAAACCAUCGACGGACAUCAAACCAUCAUCGUGUGCAUCGAGUGCCAUCAGUUUCAACCAAAAAACUUCUGGAACGGACGCUGGAGGUCAGAAUGGAAAUUUUCCGUCUCCCCCUCCACCACUCAAGUGGCAGGAAUCAUGAAAAUCCAGGUUCAUUACUAUGAGGAUGGAAAUGUCCAGCUGGUGAGCCACAAAGAGGUGCAGGAGUCCAUGUCUAUUUCUAAUGAGGCUUCAACUGCAAAGGAGUUUGUAAAGAUCAUGGAAGCUGCAGAGAAUGACUAUCAGACGGCCAUCAAUGAGAAUUACCAGACCAUGUCGGACACUACCUUCAAAGCCUUACGCCGCCAGCUUCCUGUGACACGCACCAAGAUCGACUGGAACAAGAUCCUGAGCUACAAGAUUGGCAAGGAGAUGCAGAACGCUUAAUAACAGCAGAGAAGAUAAACAGACAGCUCACCCCACCCCCUCCCAAACAACGUUGCAUGGAUAGUUGUAUCGUCUUUGUACAAAAAUUUGAGAAACAGGGAAAAAGAAAGGUUUGGUCUCAUAGUCAGAUGUCACCUUACACAUUGGAUGUCUACUUAUAUUCUUGGUAUUUUGUUUUUAUACAGACACUGUAAACCCCACUGUAUAUUGACUCUAUGAUAAUCGAAUUUGGGAAAAUAUAAGCUGAGGAAAUAUGACGAGACAUAGGAAAUGGGACGGACACUUGUAUGCAAAAACACCCAUAUCAAAUAUAAUAUCACGUGUGCAAUAUUUAUUGUGUCAGUGAGACCAUACCUUUUAUUUGACCUGCUAAUAAACGGAUUCAAUUUGCGGUGAUGGUGAAACAAAGAAUUUUUGGGAGAAGUUUGUCUGCAUUAACCUAAGAGCUCCAAUAUUAUGGCUGAAAAGAGAUGACUCCCUUCACUCCACGGUUAAUAUCCUAUAUGGUCAACAAACCCCCCCCACAACAAACAAAAGAAACAUUCUUGGUGUUCAUUGACUGGUAUCAUUGGCACAAGCAGUCACUCAGUGUUCUUGUUCCUUUAUUUUGGUACUUCCCUCACUGUUUUUCCUGUACGUGAGAUCUCAUGCUCGCAGCACUCCUGGCUAAAUUGCCUUUUUAACUCAACAUCCUCUGAUCCAUCCCUCAGCGCAAGGAGUUCUGUGACCACUUAACAAGCUUAAUUAACAAAAGUCAUCAAACGCAAAGUAAUGUGCAUAAUGUCGAAUUUACAAUAAAACAAAAAGUAUCACUUUCUCCUUCAGUGCUUAUUUUUAUUAAAAAAACAGAACCUGUCUGUAUUAUAUAACAAGGCACAUUGUAAUAUAUACCUGUAUGAAACAUCCUGUCUGUCAGUUUGGUGAUUUAUUUCCAUGAGAGUAAUUGUAAUUCAGUCACAAUUAUGUUGGAUUAAAUGACAAAUUUUCUA